CACCUCACCUUGCAUAUGGGAAAAAAGGAUUCCCUCCAACCGUUCCAGACCAAGAAAAGGAGGAAUAACGGUCGUGCUAAGAAGGGCCGUGGACAUGUGCAGCCCAUUCGCUGCACCAACUGUGCCCGCUGUGUCCCUAAAGACAAGGCCAUCAAAAAGUUUGUCAUCAGGAACAUAGUGGAGGCAGCAGCCGUGAGAGACAUCACAGAGGCCAGUGUCUUUGACUCAUAUGUUCUGCCUAAGCUUUAUGUGAAACUGCACUACUGUGUCAGCUGUGCCAUCCAUAGUAAGGUGGUGAGAAAUCGCUCCUGUGAGGCCAGGAAGGACCGUACACCGCCACCCAGGUUUAGGCCCAAUGCUGGUGCACCAAGAGCUCCUUCAAAGCCCAUGUAAUGCAGAUGAUGUACACCUGAAGAAUAAAGGCAGUUGUGACACAUACUUGAA